AUGCUUACAGAUGCGGCCGAAGCACCAUCUACGAAAGCCAUAACGAAACAGGACGUCAGCCUCUUCGAAGUCUUCGCAGCUGACAGCGGUGCGUUCCGUCGCACGAUCUUCACUUAUGUCGACUUCGAUCAUCGAGCAUGGGCAGGCGAGGCCCUAGGAAUUCGAAAGUACAACUUAGCCGAUCAAGAUAUUCGCUUGAAUAUACGACAGAUCCCUGACGACGACGUGUUCCCUAAACUUGUUGCUGUCGAAGACGCCACUUUGCUCUCCCAGCACGCCGAUGCUCCGGAACUGUUUCUGAAGCGACCACAGAUACAUUGCCUACUUGAGGAGUUCGGCGGGAGCAUCGUUCCCCAAAUGCUACUAGAAGAAGUUCAUAUAAUGGAAUUCUUGGCUCGGCACCCGCACCCGAACAUCGUACCAUACCACGGAUGCGUCGUCAGACGUGGCUAUAUCACUGGCAUAGCUCUGACUCGCUAUCAAAAGAUCCUGGACCACAGAUUUCAUACUGACACAUCCGGUCUCGACCUCAAUCGAUUUGAACAGAAGCUCCGUGACGCUAUCAGUCAUAUUCACGCUUUAGGGCUUGCUCAUAACGAUCUCAACCCAACCAAUAUCGCGUUGGACAGUAACGACGACCCAAUCGUUAUCGACUGGGGCUCAUGCAAAGACUUUGGCGAACUACUGCUAUCUGCCGGAACACCCGGGUGGAUAGAGGAUGACUUCGAUGUUUCCAAGAAAGAGCACGAUCUCUUCGCCAUAGGGAAAAUUAUGGCCUGGAUGAGGGAGGAGCAGGCAAAGCUCACCGGUGGUAUCGAGAUGGCGAGAGACAGACGGUAUUGA